GCCCACAGACGCUUUCUCUGAUGCUCUGAUACGUCAGCAGGAUGAAGAGGGAAAUGCAUCUGUGUGUGUUUCACAGGAACGGGUAUAAGUUUCUGUACUGCUCGGCGAGAGCGAUUGGCAUGGCUGACAUGACGCGGGGUUACCUGCACUGGGUUAAUGAGAGAGGAACCAUGUUACCACAGGGACCCGUUUUACUGAGUCCCAGCAGCCUGCUAUCAGCACUGCACAGGGAGGUGAUUGAGAAGAGGCCGGAGAAGUUUAAGGUGGCGUGUUUGACAGAUAUUAAGAAUCUGUUCCUCCCAAACACUGAGCCCUUCUACGCAGCGUUUGGGAACAGAGGCACCGACGUGUUUUCCUAUAAGGAGGUGGGAGUUCCCUUAAACAGAAUCUUCACUGUCAAUCCUAAAGGAGAACUGAUCCAGGAACAUGCCAAGACCAACAUCUCAUCGUAUGUGCGUCUAGGUGAGGUGGUGCAUCACGUCUUCCCGCCCCUGAAGCGCAGAGGUUCCUGUGAUUUCCCCUGCAGUGACACCUUUAGCCAGUUCACUUUCUGGAGAGAACAGCUUCCCCUCGUGGAUGGACAGAUGGCGAACACCAGUCGCUGAACAGCUCACAUAAUCUGCACAGAAUAUAGAAAGGCCAUAGACUGUAUAAAACAUGGACGUAGUGUCCGUGACGUCACCCAUAGUUUUCUGAAGAGCGU